CAAUCGGAGCGCGGGGAUCAGCGAGCUCUCCUCGCGGCUGCUGGUGCUGCUGCGGGUGCUGGAGCCGCCCGGACGGGGCUGAAGGAGGGGCGGCUGCGGGGCUGCCCUCCUUCCUCCCGGGACCGACGCCAUGUCUGAACGGGAAGAACGGCGCUUUGUGGAGAUCCCGCGGGAGUCAGUCCGGCUGAUGGCCGAAAGUGCGGGCGUGGAGCUGACCGACGAGGUGGCUGCUCUGCUGGCUGAAGACGUCUGCUACCGUCUGCGAGAAGUGACCCAGAACAGCUCCCAGUUCAUGAAGCACACCAGACGGCGGAGGCUGACGGUGGAGGACUUCAACCGGGCUCUGCGAUGGAGCAACGUGGAAGUGGUGUGUGGCCAUGGCGCUCCGGAGCCUCUGCCCUUCCGGGCUGUUAAGGAAGGAGAACUCUACUUCCAAGAAGACCGUGAGGUCAACCUGGUGGAGGUCGCUUUGGCCAACAACCUCCCCAAGGACUGCGCGGAGACAGCCGUGAGAGUUCACAUCUCUUACCUGGAUGGGAAAGGCAACCUGGAGGCUCAAGGCUCAGUGCCCAGUGCCGUCUCCGUGCUGACAGAUGACCUGUUGAAGUAUUACCAGCAUGUGACUCGAGCCGUCCUGGGCGAUGACCCUCAGCUGAUGAAGGUUGCCCUCCAGGAUUUACAGACCAAUUCGAAGAUUGCGGCUCUUCUGCCUUACUUCGUCUACAUCGUGAGCGGGGUCAAGUCGGUCAGCCACGACCUGGAGCAGCUCCACCGCCUUCUGCACAUGGCCAAGAGCCUCAUCCAGAACCCCUACCUGUGCCUGGGCUCCUACGUCAAGAGCCUCAUCGCCAGCGUGAUGUACUGCGUGCUGGAGCCUUUGGCUGCCUCCAUCAACCCCCUGAACGACCACUGGACCCUGCGGGACUAUGCAGCCCUCCUCUUGGGCCAGAUCUUCUGGACCCACGGGGAUCUGGUGAGCAGCUUGUACCACCAGAUCCUGCUCACCCUCCAGAAGGUGUUGGCCGAUCCCGUCCGCCCGCUAUGCUCGCACUACGGGGCCGUGGUGGGGCUGAACGCCUUGGGAUGGGAGGCGGUGCAGCGAGUCCUCUACCCCCACCUGUCCACCUACUGGUCCAACCUGCAGGUGGUACUGGACGAUUACUCCGUGUCCAACGCUCAGGUCAAGGCUGAUGGGCACAAGGUGUACGGGGCCAUCCUGGUGGCCGUCGAGCGGCUUCUCAAGAUGAAGGCCCAGUCCCUCUCGGUGCCCAUCCAGGCCGAGGGCGGGGGUCCUCAGGGGCGCCCGCGGGACGGUGUGCCUUGGCUCAGCCCCCUCCAGGACGCUCAGGUGGAGUUCGGCUUCGGCAUCGCCAGUCACCUGCUGCAGCUGGGCAGUGGGGGCCCCCAAGCCGGGGUGGGCAUCCCCUCCAGCCCCCCGGCCGUCCCGCUCCACGAGAUGUACCAGGAGCUCUACUACUUCUUCGGGGACAGCCUGGCCACCCGCUUCGGCACCGGCUCGGGGCUGUGCCCAGCAGGGCCGAUGCCCGCCAGCCCUCCCAAGACCACCGACACCAAGAAGGAGCAGCCGGCCUUCGGCACCGGGGACGCCGUGCGCAAGAUGCCCCAGCUGACCGCCAGCGCCACCGUCAGUCCGCGGGACGAGGAGAGCCCCCGCCCGGACUUUUCAGCCAGCCGGCCGGCCUUGCACCGCUCGGCCAGCCUGGCCCGUUCCCGCAGCGCCCUGCGCCAGCAGGGACACCGCCCCGUCGCCCGGGACGUCUUCCAGAAGUGCCGGUUUUCCCUGCAGGGGGCGCCCCACUUCAGUUUUGUGAUCGCCGGGCGCCAGGUGGAGCACCGGUGCCAGGGGCGCCUCUUCCAGACCUGUUUCCUACAGCACCAUGGCCCAACCCACAUCUCGCGCUAUGCCCAGAAGCUGCCCAUGAUCGGCCGGACCAGCAAACCUGCGAAAAAGUGGAGCCAUUCAGAUUAUUCCCUGUACUUACCUCUCUGAGCAAGGGGACUUUUCCAACCCUUUGGGAGUUCCUGGGGGCCCUCACCCAGAGACACCCCCCACCCUCACCCUGGGGGCCCUUCCAUCCAGGACCUGUCCCCAAUCCUUUGGAAGGGCCCCCCGAGGGAUUGCGGCUUGGAAAUCUGGGGCUACCCCCUUGGAAUAGCCAAGCCCCCUUAAGAAUUCAGUGGCUGAUGCUUCCUCUUGAAGGUUCCACCACAAAAGCGCGGUAGACAAAAGCGCGCUCGACGAAAGCGCAUACGUGACAUCAUCA